GUGAGCUGCGGAGAGACUGGUGGCUCGAAGAGACGCCGGCGCCAGAGAGAGCGCAGCGCCGCCGGCCGCUAAGGGACCGCGGGGGCCGCCGCAGCAGUCCACUACUGCUGGCCGUUUCCAGCCUUCGUGGAGAGGUGUGGAAAAACUAGGGCUUUGAUCAAGCAAAUGCUGAAAAGCCACAUAAAGAAGAUCCACAACAGUUAUUUCUCAACAAUUAUAUAGUCAACUGAUGUAACAAUGGUACUAAUAUUGGGACGAAGACUAAACAGAGAGGAUCUCGGGGUGCGUGAUUCACCAGCAACAAAGCGUAAAGUUUUUGAAAUGGACCCUAAAUCUCUGACAGGCCGUGAGUUUUUUGACUUCUCUUCAGGAUCAUCCCAUGCUGAAAACAUACUUCAGAUAUUUAAUGAAUUCCGAGAUAGCCGCUUAUUCACAGAUGUUAUCAUUUGUGUGGAAGGAAAAGAAUUUCCUUGCCAUAGAGCUGUUCUCUCAGCCUGUAGUAGCUACUUCAGAGCUAUGUUUUGUAAUGACCACAGGGAAAGCCGAGAAAUGUUGGUUGAGAUCAAUGGUAUUUUAGCUGAAGCUAUGGAAUGUUUUUUGCAGUAUGUUUAUACUGGAAAGGUGAAGAUUACUACAGAGAAUGUACAGUAUCUCUUUGAAACAUCAAGCCUUUUUCAGAUUAGUGUUCUCCGUGAUGCAUGUGCCAAGUUCUUAGAGGAGCAACUUGAUCCUUGUAAUUGCUUAGGGAUCCAGCGCUUUGCUGAUACCCAUUCCCUCAAAACACUCUUCACAAAAUGCAAGAAUUUUGCAUUGCAGACUUUUGAGGAUGUGUCCCAGCAUGAAGAAUUUCUUGAGCUUGACAAAGAUGAACUUAUUGAUUAUAUUUGUAGCGAUGAACUUGUUAUUGGUAAAGAGGAAAUGGUUUUUGAAGCAGUCAUGCGUUGGGUCUACCGUGCUGUUGAUCUGAGAAGACCAUUGUUACAUGAGCUCCUGACACAUGUGAGACUCCCUCUGUUGCAUCCCAACUACUUCGUUCAGACAGUUGAGGUGGACCAGUUGAUCCAGAAUUCUCCUGAGUGUUAUCAGUUGUUGCAUGAAGCAAGACGGUACCACAUACUUGGGAAUGAAAUGAUGUCCCCAAGGACUAGGCCACGCAGGUCAACUGGCUAUUCUGAGGUGAUAGUUGUCGUUGGAGGCUGUGAACGAGUUGGAGGAUUUAAUCUUCCCUACACUGAGUGUUAUGAUCCUGUGACAGGAGAGUGGAAGUCUUUGGCUAAGCUUCCAGAAUUUACCAAAUCAGAGUAUGCGGUCUGUGCUCUAAGGAAUGACAUUCUUGUUUCAGGUGGAAGAAUCAAUGGCCGUGAUGUCUGGAUUUAUAACUCGCAGUUAAAUAUUUGGAUCAGAGUUGCUUCUCUAAAUAAAGGCCGAUGGCGUCACAAAAUGGCUGUCCUCCUUGGUAAAGUGUAUGUUGUUGGAGGCUAUGAUGGGCAAAACAGACUUAGCAGCGUAGAAUGUUAUGAUUCCUUUUCAAAUCGAUGGACUGAAGUUGCUCCCCUUAAGGAAGCAGUGAGUUCUCCUGCUGUGACUAGCUGUGUAGGCAAAUUGUUUGUGAUUGGUGGAGGACCUGAUGAUAAUACUUGUUCUGAUAAGGUUCAAUCUUAUGAUCCAGAAACCAAUUCUUGGCUACUUCGUGCAGCUAUCCCAAUUGCCAAGAGGUGUAUAACAGCUGUAUCCUUAAACAACCUGAUAUAUGUUGCUGGUGGACUGACCAAGGCAAUAUACUGUUACGACCCAGUUGAAGAUUACUGGAUGCAUGUACAGAAUACAUUCAGCCGGCAGGAAAACUGUGGUAUGUCUGUGUGUAAUGGUAAAAUAUAUAUCCUGGGUGGAAGACGGGAAAAUGGAGAAGCUACAGACACUAUUCUCUGUUAUGAUCCUGCAACAAGUAUCAUCACAGGGGUAGCUGCAAUGCCCAGGCCAGUGUCCUAUCACGGAUGUGUGACUAUUCAUAGAUACAAUGAGAAAUGCUUUAAGCUCUAAAGCCAGGAUACCUCACCCAAGAAGCCACACCAAUCCAAGAUGAGAGGUUUUAAAAACUCCAGAGUGGGAAGUUGACAUAUUUCCUUUAUACCAUAUGCACAAAAAGGUAAAAAUAAUAAUUGUGGUGCCUUUCUCCCCAAAAUAUCAAUCUUUCAAACUGUAAUAAAACCUUUCCUGUAAUUGAAAAAAAAAUAUAUGUUGAAGGUAAUAGUGGUCUUUGCUUGGGCUUUGAGAGUGUAUCUUUGUAUUUGUAAGAAACCUAUGUGAAGUAGGAAAUAAUGUCUGCCUGCAUAUAAUAAUAAUGUCUGCCUGCAUACCUUUUAGGAAUUUGUGAAUGGUCUCUUCAUUUAUGUAGGUUUAUCUGCAAGACUGUAUAUUCCUUAUUUUGUCUUAUGUGUGUGUGUGUAUGUAUAUAUAGAAAGAAAAAAUUUCAUGACUUAAGGCUUCAUUUAGGUUGACUCACAUAAUGCUUAGAAUCAUUCUAAAGGGGAAAAAUCAGUUUUAAAAAUCUUUGUCACUGAAAAAUAUAUCCAAAAUGAUUAAUUUUACUGGGUUUUUUCCCUAUAAUUGAUAAAAAUGUAAUGACAACAAUUUGAGUAUCAAAAAACACUGAAUUAUUGUGACUUCAUUCUUUGAAUUGGUUUCUUAUAUUAAAGAUUUUUGAGGAGGGAGGAGAUAUAAAAGCAGGUACCCCUAAAAUGGGGAUUAAAAUUGCAGAUUAGUUCCUAAGAAAAAAGCUACCUAAGACCAUUGAAAGGAAAAUGACCCACCGUGGCUCACAAAAGUCUUUAUGUAUCAUCUCUAAAUCCUCUAAGGAAGCGCCUUUUCUUGAACCUGGUAAAAAAAAGUUGAAAUCCACUUUGUAAUAUUAUCUUGUGAAAAACUGGGAUAGAUUUUCUCCCUAGCCCAGUAUGGUUUGACCUCAUUAGUAUGGUGCUUUGGGUGAGGACCUCUUCCUGGUUACCCUGUUUUCUUGUGAACAGCUGAAAAUCCUGGGAGUCUCUACUGUUAAGCUGUCCUUACAGGAUAAAGUGGGGACCACCUGUCUCAGUGGGUCCAUAAUUUUUUUUAAUUAGCUAUCUGAAGAAAUUUAACAGCAGUAGUUGGCAGUCUUCUAUAAUAUCUCUUUCAUCUGGUACCCAUGGUGUAAAAUGUUGAUCAACAUUCUCAAGCUUCUAUGCAUCAAAUUGCCUUUGUCUAGAUGUUUCAGUUUCAGUUUAAUAAAGCUUACUAGUUUUCAGAGAAGAAUGUAAAACUUUUUUCUAAGGCAAAUGGAAUAGCAGAAACUACAGCAUAGACGAUUAUUGUUAUUUCUGGGUGGACAGAUAAAAUUUACAACAUUUUAGGGAUGUUCCAGGUAGCCUGCUGUAUUUCAACUUCCCAGGCGUUACUGUCAUCUCACAUCAUGAUUACAUACUCCUUGUCAUAGGGGAAAUGACGCUAAUAUGUGAUUAUAGUGUCACCAGAUUUCUGUUAAAACCAAGGUAGUAAUCAAAAAUCUAACAUUGAUAAACUACUUUUUUUUCCUCAUUUUAGAAUGAUACAGAGAUUUCAAAUAAACUAUAUGGCAUCAAAUUUAAUGCUUAGCUGGAAUCUGAAUUCUGAGGAAAACUCUAAAAAACUUAAAUUUUUAGGGAAUUUUUAUUUUUCAAAUCAUAUAUGAAAUGGUAUAUACCUUUUUGUGAUAAUUAUCAAAGCAAUUUAGAAAACAGUUUUCUACCAUUUUAGUUGAAAGGCAAUAGUAGAUACAAUUGGGAUACUGUUUUAAAUUUUAGAGUAAACAUCUAUUUCUGCAUCAAACUUUUGUAGAUAAUGGAACCUAUUUAGUUCAGAAAUUCUUUGUGGCAUAUGAGAUAACGUAUGAGAAAAGUGUUUUGUAAGUGCUGAGGAUUAUAUAAAUGAUACUUGUUAUUUUCAUGUGUAUUUGUAAGAUCAUGCCCAUGCAUAAAUACAGACACUUCACACAAAAAGACUUUCUCAACAUAACUUGUAUUCUAGUAUUUUUGUCUAUUAUAAAAGUAUUAACUAUUUACUUGUAUUUUGUUACACAUUUAUUUUUAAUAUUCAUGUGUUUAUUGUAGUAAAUUUGAAAUGAAAUCCCAUAAAACUGAAUUUGUUUAGACAUAGACCUCAUGCCAAUAUUGUUUAAUUUUUUUCUCUACAUAAUUUAAAACUACAUAAAUUAAGUAGGCCACCAAGAACUUAGCUUGAACCCUAUGAAAUUAAAGUAACAAUUUUUAAAGUUACCUGAUACUUUACUUUCCUUUAAUUCUUUAUCUUCCUUUAUUGAUUUUUGAUAAAUAGUAAUGUUAGCUUUGAUAAAAUAAUAAAGAACUUUAAAGUAUAAUUAGUAUAUCAAAAGGGAUUUAUCAACCACAUUGGUGUCAGACUAUAUUCAUACUGUCAUCACAGAGUUGACAGAUUUUCUUUUGGUGGGUGAUGCUCAUAGAAGCCUUUGGGUUAGGAUACAUGUAUAUAUAUGUAGAUAGAUAGUAUGCUCAUCUACACACAUUUAUACAAGCACCAAGAAUUUUAUCAGUUUGUGAUGAUCAGAAAAAGGCACAUAAAGUAAAAAUGAGCUGACCUUAUUAAAUUCAGUUCCAGAAGUUUUUUAUUUUAAUUUGGGCAUUUCUAGAAUACUUCUUUACAUAUGAAAGUACAGGAUAAGUAUUAGUAUGAUGGCUUGUAUACCGUCAAAAUCUAUAUGAUACAUACAGUUUAACAAGAUCAGAAAACAGAUUGGAGGUGGAUUACAAGUUUGCUAACCCUAGCCAUGAUACCUCAGUGGGAAGGAAAUUUAAAAGUAUGUUUUGUGGAUCAACAGAAAAGUAGUUUCUUUUUUCAUGAAUUUUAAUCCUUUUUCAUGUGUUUCUAUAUGUGAGUGAACUAUAAAGUGGUCUAAUUUUUACAACAAAAGGCCUUCCUUUUCUACUCUACUCUUCCCACUGUCUUUACUGCACAGGUAUGAAAUGGUAGCCUGUUGUAUCUUCAGUAACCCUUUUUUCCCUAGAUGACUGAAAUACAGAUAUUGACUCCAUUUAAACCAGGUAUUAAGGAAAAAAAUGAUGUAAAUACUCAGGGAGGGUAUUAACUUGUCCUUUUUGCCUAAUUGGAGUGUUUAAAGUGCCAUAACUAACUUCAGUUCAUGAUUCUAGAGUAAAUUUAAUUUGGUAAAGGGGCUUCACACAUGAUGGUGGUUAAACAUUCAUUCUUUUAUAUUUAGAAAGGUGAAAGUGUUUGUGGACUGACACAUUUCCUCUUAGUGAAAAUGAAUUGUUUAUGUAUCUCUACUGUCAUACACCCUUUUUGAAACUCAGGAACGACAAAGGUUCAAUUAUACUACUUUUGUCAAUAUUCAAACCAGGUGUGUUUUUUUUCCCUGUCGUCUGGAUAUGGCAAUAGAUUUUUUUUAAAGAACUGCUGUGAGAACCCAUAUAUGAAAAGAGAGGGGUUGAAUCGUUUGUGUGUGCCUUUGGUUUCUUGAGAUUUAUAUGUGGAAAAGUCAUCUUCUACUCUAGACCGUAUAUUUAAAGAGAAGACAUUGCUGCUUAUGUGGUGCCAAGUGACAAGAUAAUGUCUCUUAAAGGCUUCCUAUGGACCGCCUUUAUUUUCCUAAACUCAAGACACCAGUUAACCUCAACAUAGUUUUGGCCUUAUUAGGAUUUCUUGUCCAUUAUACUGAAAGCCAGGUUUACAUCACCACAUCCCAUUAUUCCUUUUAGUUAAAUAAAUAAAUUCAUAUACCAAGAAACCAGAAUGAGGCAGUUUGAUUGGCCUUCAAGGCAGUAGGUUUGACCAGCUAGCUAUACUUAUUGUCACAUCUAAUGCUAGGCAUCAGAAACCACUUGAGCCAGGAGUGUGAAUUGAUAAUUCCAGAGACAUUUGCAACAUACUUCAGACUUUUUUUUAAUGUUUUUUAUGAAUGUUUUACAUUUGUGAGAUUGCCUUAGAUAUUAAAUUUACUUAGUGCUAAAGAUGAUCAUCAUAAAAAAUUUUUAAAAUAGCAAUAGUCAUAACUUAUUUUAUAUAUUUUUCCAAAGAAAAGAAUUUGUUUUAAUGUUUUCAAAAUAACUGCAUCUGAAUUUGUUUACGUGCCUUAAGUUCUCUAGUGCUAUUUUAACAUUUUUUCAAUCUAAAUAAAGCUUAUCUUAGAUAAGUUUCAUAUUUGUUUCCUAUAAAUUUAUCUUCUUAAUUUUUUUAAUGAGCACCAAUCAUGUGGUUGCUUGGCAGAAAGAGAAUGUUAAGAAAGGUUGUUGAGUGUUUGGAGUUUUAUUAUACUUGGGAAGGUUUUUGUUUGAUACCAAGGUGCUUUUUAAGAUAUUUAGAAAAACAUCUAUCUUACAUUGAUUAAACCCUUGUAAACAUUAUUUGCAGUAUCUACAUCUAAUAUCAAAAAAGUAAAUCUUCUUAUUUUUGUUCCAUUCUUACGUACUAUUUUUUUUCCCUCUACAAGCUCUUUUACUUAUCUUUCUUGAAAAAGUUCUUACUCUUUCCUUCCCCAACACCCCUCCCCAUGGUUUCUUUAUUUAAAUUCUUACUGAGAGUUUCUGGAGCUACCUAAGACAACACAAUUACAGAGCUGAACAAGAGUAUAAUGUGCUUUACAACUUGUACAGACCUGAGGCAGCCAAAUGUCAUUUGCUUUCAGAGGCUCCAGAGUCUUCACAGUGGAGAAAAAAAAGCUUUGUAUUUCUUUCUUCUCAAUUCAGUUGCAGCACACUAAUACUUAUAUGUCUUGUUUAAAUAUCCUUUGUGCAUAGUUUUCUUUAAUUUUUUAAAAGUUGUUGUAUCUAGUAAAAAUGUCUCUUAACCAUUAUUACUUGACUAUGGUUGUAUUAAAUUUUAUUUACCAAAA